AUGGUCUCGAUAGAUCAGUCAUAUAACAUGCUCCCCAAGCACCUGAGCUCCGAGCACGACGACUACAUCCUCUACCCCGAGCCGCCCCAAGCAGUCUUCACCACCGCCCCCAUGGAGAUGACCAUCCCUGCCAACGCCUCUUACAUGUUCCCUACCUCCAUGCCCAUGGAGGCUUCUCCCGUCUACGAAAACAACUUCAUCUACCAGGGACGCACCUCACCGAGCCUCUACGAGGACGGCGACUUCCAAUUGCCCUCCUCCAACCUCUCCACCACAUCGGCGCCCUCGGCGGCCUCAUCCAACGUGGGCUCGCCGCAGUCACAUCACGACCAGCCGGCGCCGGUGCCUGAAUGGGCGCACCCCGGCAUCGCUGUCACCCCGGGCAUUGUGCCCCACGACUACUACAACACCACGGGUACUGAGUACUCUACCUACGCCGGCUCAGGUAUGGAAGACUUUGCAGCUUUCGACUUUGUCAACACAAAGCCCCCGGGUUUCGUGGACCGCCGCCGCGGAUACCCGGCUGUCUUCGUCGCCCGAGUCUCCCGCGUCGCGCAAGUCCAGCGCGACCGCGGCCUUUGCGUCUCCCUCUACUUCUUUCUCUUCUCCUCCAGCGCCGGCUUGGAGCAAUUCGCCAAAGACGCCGCGGACCCUUCCCUCAUCCACCCCGACAUCAGCCGCCCAAUGCCGAUGCCGGGUUUCGAUCCCAACUUCCACCACCCUCAGUAUCCCGCCUCGCCCGCCCUGUCCGCUUCAUCCCAAUCCAUGGUCCGCAACGGCAGCCAAUCGCCUUUCAUGCACAGCGGCUUCCAGCAGCAGUUCAGCCCCUACGCCACACCGGCCGACGCCCGCCGCCCCAGCCUCCACUCGUUCCCCUCCAACUAUUCCGAUGGCAACGGCUACAGCGGCGACGAGUCCAAGGAGAAGCAGCGAUGCCCGCACCCCGAAUGCGGCAAAACCUUCAAGGACCUGAAGGCGCACAUGCUCACCCACCAGAAUGAGCGCCCAGAGAAGUGCCCGAUCGUGACGUGCGACUAUCACGUCAAGGGCUUCGCCCGCAAGUACGACAAGAACCGCCACACCCUCACGCACUACAAGGGCACCAUGGUGUGCGGCUUCUGCCCCGGGUCGGGGUCCGCGGCCGAGAAGUCGUUCAACCGCGCCGACGUCUUCAAGCGACACCUGACGGCCGUCCACGGCGUCGAGCAGACGCCGCCCAACAGCCGCAAGAAGAGCACGGCCGCCAGCAGCGGCAAGAAGCUCGCCGGCUACCCUCCCGACGCCACCGGCAAGUGCUCGACGUGCUCGCAGACCUUCUCCAACGCCCAAGACUUUUACGAGCACUUGGACGACUGCGUGCUGCGCAUCGUGCAGCAGGAGGACCCCGCCGAGGCCAUCAACGCCAAGCGCCUCGCCGAGGUCGAGAACGACAAGGACGUGCACCAGACCCUGGAGAAGAACCACCUCCCCACGCAGACGCAGAUGCCGUCCACCGAGGAGGACGAAGACGAAGACAUGGACGACGAGGACGACGAGGACAGCAAGCACCGCUUCAACUCGCCAACGAAGCGAAAGGGCAACCCCGUCAACGGCGUCCAAAAGUCGCGCGGCCUCACCCACUCCCGCGGCGGCGGCCCCAUGCCCGUCAAGGCCAAGGGUCGCAAGAACCGCCGCGACUACCCCUCGUCAUGGGGCUUCGACAAGGGCCAGAUGACGAUGAAGAAGCGUGUCAUGGCCGUCUUUGACGGCCCCCGCCGCCUGGCCAAGGACGACAUGAUGCUCUCCACGGACCACGAGGUACGCAUUAAGCUGGCGGACGGCAACAACUACGUGACGGACCUGGACGUGCAAACCCUCAAGCGCGCCGAGGGCUUCCUCGGGGCCACUGACGACGAGAAGGGCCCGUGGAUCUCUGACGACCCCACCGAGGAGCAGCUCAGGGAGAUGCAGGCUGUUCUUGAGAGCUUUGAACAGUAA